CACAACGACAGCAAAGCAAACAACAACAAACAAAACAGUGGACCAGCAAGCAAGUCAUGGCGGUGAAGGUUGUUGUUCUUGGCGCUGGUGGGCUUGUUGGGGCGCGGCUGUGCGAUCGCCUGGCCCAGCUGGAGACGCUGCAUGUGUCGCCAACGGAGACGCAGCCCAUUGGCAAGAUUGUGCUGUUCGAUGUGCGGGAACCCAGCGCCGUUGCAGAGGCCACCCGCGCUGAUGCCCGCGUCCACGUCGUGCUUGGCGAUCUCACAGACAAGGCCGCCAUGCAAAAGGUGCUUGAUCCAGAGGACUUCUCCCACGUCACCGCCAUCCACCUUGCUGCGCUGCUCUCUGGCUACGCGGAGGAGAACUUUGAUCUCGGCCUCAAGAUCAACCUCUUUGGCAGCAUCAACGUCAUGGAGUGCGUGCGCGAGCUCAAGGACAAGCUGGGCAAGCCACAGGUCUACGUGUACGUCAGCACGGACUACGUUGCCUGCUUCAACGAGUACAACCGCACCCACCCGGUGACGGAGGAGUCGUUCCGCCUCUCCCCCGUCUCCUAUGGCGUGCAGAAGGCGUGCGUGGAGCUCCUCCUCUGCGACUACACGCGCAAGGGCUUCAUCGACGGGCGGGUUGGCCGCCUGAGCGCCGUCAUCGGUCGCCCGGGCUGGUCAAACUCCAUCUCCUACCCAUACACCGGCAUCUUCACCCAGACCCUUGAGGGCAAGGACUACGACGUGCCCCUUCCCAUGGACGUUCCAUACCCGUGCUCGAGCCUGAACACGGACGUCCUGUGCCUCAUCGACCUUGCUGGCAAGGUGGACGGGGAGGAGAUGGGCCACAACCGCGUGGUGCAGCUGCCAGCCAAGUCCUUCACGCUGCAGAUGAUCUGGGACGCGGCGCAGGAAGUGGCCAAGGAGGAAGGCAUUGCCAUUGGCGCCAUCAAGCAGGUGCAGAGCGACAGUGGCUCCACCACCGUCAAGGAGAUCAACGUGUGCCCCGAGGUGGACUGCAGCAAGGCCGCUUCCCUUGGCCUGCCCACCGACGUCGACCUCAAGGACAUUGUUCGCGACUACGUCCACACAUACAUCAAGAAGUAG